UAUUUAGCUUUGCGACAUUUUGUAAUUUGUGAUUUGUUUAUUUAUUUGUUUAUUUAUUUUUUUCUAAUGGUAGGCCCACCUGGAACAGGAAAAACAUCAUUAUGUAAAGCACUGGCACAAAACUGACUAUCAGACUUUCAUAUAGGUACAGAUAUGGUCAACUCAUAGAGAUUAACAGCCACAGCCUUUUCUCGAAGUGGUUUUCAGAGAGUGGCAAGCUGGUAACGAAGAUGUUUCAGAAGAUUCAUGAACUGAUAGUUGAGAAAGAUGUUUUAGUGUUCGUGUUGAUUGAUGAGGUUGAAAGCCUAACAGCUGCACGUAACGCCUCUAGGGCAGGUACUGAACCUUCUGAUGCCAUUCGUGUAGUCAAUGCAGUUUUGACUCAAAUAGAUCAUAUCAAAAGGUACCCCAAUGUAGUCAUCUUGACAACUUCAAACAUAACUGAGAAAAUUGACAUGGCUUUUGUUGACAGAGCAGAUAUAAAGCAGUACAUUGGGCCACCAUCUCAAGCUGGUAUUUUCAAUAUUUAUGUGUCCUGUAUAGAGGAACUCAUGAAGUGUCAGAUAAUCUAUCCCAGACAGCAGCUACUUACUCUAAGAGAUCUGGAAAUGAUUGGCUAUGUGGAAAACAAUGUAUCCAAACUUAGUUUGUUAUUGAAUGAUAUUUCACGAAAAAGCGAAGGUCUAAGUGGCAGGGUUCUGAGAAAAAUACCCUUUCUGGCACAUGCACUUUUCAUACAAUCUCCUACAGUUACACUUGACAAAUUCCUUCAAGCUCUGUCACUUACAGUGGAUCGACAAUUUGAAGAAAGAAAAGCACUCAAGGAAAGCACUUAA